CACAUGACUGGUGGUACUCAAGCGACUCACAACAAGGGGACUGUCCGGCUAGCUACAUUUGUGAUUAUUUAGUGUGGUUUUUCUGUACUUCUGUUGUCGUCGUUUUUAAAAAUGAACUUGCAGUGUUUUGUCGCCGUGCUGUGUCUGAGCGCGGGCGUAAUGGCGGGGAAAUACUCUCGGGAAAUGAACGAGGCCAAGCUGACCAACAGUGAUGGGAAGACGGUGGAGUUCAGGAUAGCCAAGCUGAACCAGGUGUGGGAGAAAGCUAUCAGGAUGCAGUUGUCCCCGGUUCGCCAGGCCGAGCUGCACAGCGACCUGAAGAUCCAGGAGAAGGAUGAGCUGCAGUGGAAGAAGUUGAAGGUUGAGGGACUGGAUGAAAACGGGGAGAAAGAGGCCCAGCUCCGCCGCAACUUCAAUGUGAUCCUGGCCAAAUAUGGGAUGGAUGGGAAGAGGGACACGCGGCCGCUGGAAAGCAACUACCUGAAGGAUCAUGACACCAAAGAGGGUGACACCUUUGAUGACCCCAGGCUGGACAAACUCUGGAACAAGGCCAAGAACUCAGGAAAGUUCUCUGAGGAGGAGUUGCUGAGCCUGAGGAGGGAGUUCCAGCACCACAAGGACAAGAUCCACGAGUACAACAUUGUUAUGGAUACUGUCACCAGGACGGAGGCAGAGGUACAUAAAAAUGUGAUCUCGCCCCUGGAGGGAGAGGCAAAGGAGCAUGUGCUGCAUCAGAAACACACGGAGCUGAAGCAGAAAAUGAGAGACCUCAACCAGGGCUUUGAGCGCCUCCGUAAGCUCAGCCAUGAGGGCUUCAGUGAAGACAGCGAGUUCAGGGAACCCCGGGUGAUUGAACUGUGGGAGGCUGCCAAGAGAGCAAACCUCAGCAAUGACGAGCUGGACUCUCUCAAGGAAGAGCUGCGUCACUUUGAGACCAAGGUGGAGAAGCACAGCCACUACCAGGAGCAGCUGGAACUGUCCCACCAGAAGCUGCGACAUGUCGAAGCUCUAGGAGACACGGAGCACAUACAGAGGAACCAGGAGAAGUACAACACACUUGCAGAGAAGACCAGGGAGAUGGGCUACAAGAUGAAGAAACAUAUGCAGGACUUGACCAACAAGAUCUCUCGCCAGGGACUCAAUCACAACGAGCUCUGAGGGGUUCGGCCACAUCCGUGUAAUUCUUCUUUCUACAACCACAAACAAGUACGCUACUCUCCCCCAUUCCUUUAAACUACUGUAAAAGAAUCAGUGUUUUUCUUUGUCAGUUUCUUUGUUUUUUUUCUAAUUUUGAAAUGUUACACAUGUAACAACGAGGCUAAUUACCAGUCAUUGAUUUGUGUACAAAGAAGCCUGUUUGCUCAGAGGCUAAAUGAAGUGUGGUUUUUGUACAUAAUGUGUAUACUUCACUGUAGAUUUUUUUUUUUUAAUAACAAGUCAGCUGGACUAGAAAAUUCAUUUUCUGCCUUAGGACACAUACUGCCCUCGUUCUUGGUUAUGGACAAUGCUCUCUUUGUGUAUCUGAGUUAAUAGUUUAGAUUGUACAUCAGAAAGCAUAUUAAAUGAUGUACACAUAAUUAGGUACUCCUGGGCCCACAGCCACACACUGUAAUUUGGUAAGAUAUAUUUGUACAGCUCCUGACAGGCAGGUGCAGAGGAAUAGUCUGGCCAGAGUAAAGAUGCAAGGUGUAGCAAUACAGCAAAUUUUGUGGGGGUGGACAGCAGCUCUUGAGUCAGUCUUAACCAGAUGAUGUGGCUUGGCUGGUGAGCAGUGAUUUAGGUCCUGGGAAAUGGCCAGCAAAUCAUACUGGUAAUUAUCCUCCCAGAAUAUUUGUACACUGGAGGCCAGACAGUUUGUCCACACCCAUCUGUCAGCACCAGUGCAUAUAUCAUCUAGCUAUAGCACACUGGUUGUUACCAGUAUAGCAUCUUACCUGGCCUGCUGAAAUAUUUUUGUAAUAUUGCCAUUGUCUUCCCAGUGAAAAAGAGUGAAAGCUUUGUAGAUUCAGAUAAGAAGCAUUGAAAACAGUGAACCUGAAAAUAUAACAGCAAACUUUAAUACUUAAUAAGGUACAAGUGGCAACAACAUUCAAAGGUCAACAAAAGUAAGUAUUUUAAUUAAAAACAUAGUUUCAUAUCAUUCCUAUUGUUUUUGCAUAAAUAAAAGCAGUUCCUAUGUACAAGUUGUCCUGUGGAGGACAACAGCCGCAUUAAGCCACUGAUGUCUCAGAGACAUUAACAGGUUGUUUUAGGUGAAAUGCCAGGUUUCACUUUGGCUCAUCUCAGCGUUAUUUCUCCUAGCCGUAUUCUCAAACACACUGGUGGGAAAGAGGCACCAUAAAAUAUAUUUGUGUCAAAUAUUAGCCCAAUUGUCCUGAUGAUAUCAAGAGGGAGGUGAGAAGAGGAAACACAUAGCUUUCCCAUUCAUCAGCCACCCCUGUCCUCACACAGACCUCGAGCAGAGACACUGAUUACCCAGAUGAAUAAUGUUACUGGCUGAUUGCUCAGUCAUGUCCUGCCCUGGCCACAUGGGCCUGGAUUUAUGUAAUUUGUACCAGGGACAUAUCUCUAAGCUGCUUAUUUCAACUGAUUGCUCUGAUGUGGAAUGAUAGCCUGGAAAGCUGGGACUCUCUCUUACUGUUUAAUUGUAAGCCAUCGGCACAGUGAGGAGGAUUUUGAACUCAUUGCGGCAUUCAUAUUCCGCUUGAGCCCUGCAGUAAAUAAUUUGAAUUCAAACUGGCAGGAGGUGUCCUCUCAGUGAGAGAAGUGACACAGCUGGACAGUAAACAGACCCACACCCAAAUGAUGCUCCAGUCAGAACACAGUUAAUCUCCACUCUGAAACACUAACACUCUUUAACAAACAGGCAGCAACAACAUUUUUGAGUAUAACUAGACAAACACAGAAGACACAAUAUCACAAGGUAUUUCUAGGUAUUUUGUGAGAGCAGAAAGCGUUCUGUCUAAAAGUGUGAGGUUUUGAUGUCAGUGCCUCAAAGAGAUAUCUUGCACUGAUGUUCAGCAGUCAUAGUGUCUGUCAGAAAUCCAUUUUAGAGGAAGCUCUUAAAUAACAGUUUCUCCACAGACUGUAGCCUCAAUAAAUAAUAAUGCAUCGCAGCCAACAAGACGUAUAGAGAAAAAGCUGAAGGUCAUUCUGGGAAAUGCAGGAAAUCAUCUACUGAAGUAGAUGUGGCAGCAAGCUAAGGGACAGGGACUACACCAAAACAGUAAAUUACACCACUUUGUCACAAAACAACUGUUAACACAUGUUCAUGGCAAAUUAAUGAUAUCCAACAGUAAGAGUACAUGAGUGGGUUUUUCUUUUAAUUCCGAGUUGGCAGCUGCAUAAGAGGUUUCCCAGAAUCUUUUAUUCUAAGAGUCUGGUUUGCGGAAUGGAUUGUUGCGUGGGAAUUUCUGUUUACUGGCAGAACUGUGUGUUAGGUGUGAGAAUGGUUGGUCUGAUUGCCUGUAUUUGAUCAUUUUGCUUCGUGAAGAGAUUCUUUCGAGCACCUGCUCUGAGUGAUACACUGAAGUGUCACUUGGGAGGUCAGUUGGGUGGCCCUCUCCUCCUGUUCUCCAGCUGAGUCAGUCUGUCCUCCCUCCCCUGCGCAUGCUCCGCCCCCACUUUCUGGGCUGUUUCCAUGGCAGUGAUGUCAAGGUGGGCGUACCUGCUGGAGCCCUCUUCUGGUUGGAAAAUCAAUAGGGUGCAGGGGGAGAAACAAGGGGGAAAUUUGUUUCUGUGUAAUGUGUUCUUCAACAAAUCAGCAGCUACUGUUCCUCUGUCAAAUCAACCCGUGGGAUAUAAUGUCCAGUUACUUUAAUUCUGAACAUAAUUUAAUCUGAUUAAAAAUGUGUUUUUUGUUGUUUUUUUAAUUAAGAUGGUCUCCUUAUGUUGACAAUUCAUACCUGAACUUUAAUAAAUUUGAACUGUUGUAAACUG